AUGGGUCCAUUGUUUGCAGCAUCAAAAACUUGUGCUAAUAUGAUGAAUUAUUUGAUGUGUUUUUUUUGUAGUCCUGAUCAACAUAUUUGGUAUAAACAACGAGCAAGAGUUUGUUCUGAUUUUUGUACUGAUCUUUAUGAUGAAUGUAAAGAUGCUGAAUUUAAAGGUGAAAAAAUAGGAAGUAAUUAUGAGAAUGGUUCUAUGUUUUGUGAAGCUCAAGAUUUUAGUGUAGCUGAUAGUGGCUGUUUUAAAUUUGAUCCUAAAGUUUUUGAUGGAGCUGUUCAACAUUUGAAUUAUUUUCUCCCGUUUGUGACUAGUCUGAUUAUGAUAGUAUCUGUAUUAAUCAUAUAG